UGUGAAUCGUCGUGUAGAGAGGUCAUCAUAUUAUGUGGAUUUAUUUUAAACUUGACGUGAUAUUGAAAUAACAAAGAGAGAGAAAAAAAAAGAAUAUUUAUUAAAAAAGAAAUCACAUCUUUUUGUUUUGAUUUCUUGUGUUGCGAAACAAGAAAAACUUGUGUUGUGAGCUUUUAAAUCAAAGGCUAAGUGGAAUAUAGUUUAGCUAAGGAGAUACUUGUUAGUAGUCCGACCAACUAGUGACAUCUAGUUUAUAGAUAAUUUAAUUUAGAAAAUUGUUUUUGAUUGACGAGUUGCAAUAUUUCGAUUGUGUUUUUAAACAUUUUUAAACGGGUUUUUUGAAAAUAUAAGGAUUUAGUGACAAUUUUUUAACAAAAUGCUUUGCCCUCCAACCAUCCGACCACCGAGUCCAGCUGAAUCGGAAAUCUCAGUUGGUGCACCGAGUCCACUGCCGCAUCAUCACCACCACCAUUUGCACCAUCACUCGCAGCCUCUGCAGCUGACAGCUCGUGAUGAGUACUUUCAGCCGUUUAAGAAGCUCAAAAUGGAGCGUUCGGUAAGCCCGUGCGCUACAUUGCCGCCCCCGCCACCACCUCCAGCAGCCCCCAUAGCUCUGCAGCCACCGCCGCCGGCUACUACAAAUCACCAGAAAUCCAAUAUCGAAGGAGUCAAGAGCUUCUCGAUCGCCGACAUCCUCGGCCACGAUAAGAGCUCUCGCAAUGCAGCGGCAGCAGCAGCCGCCGCCUUUCCGACACAUCCCCAGCUAGACAUAGCUGCAGCCGCCGCCGCUGCCCAUCAUCCGAUCUUGAUACCUGCUACCCAGAUUGUUCGUCCCUGGGACCAUUUGCUGGGCCCAAUUCCUGCUGUAAGACCGUUCAUUCCACCAGCUCUACUGCACUAUGAACAGCGUUUGGCAUUGGACUACCACCGCCAAUUGCAGGAGCACUUCAACGCCCAAGCUCAGCUGCUGCGACACAUGGGAAUGGAUAUAAUUCCGUCGGAAAGUGGCUCGGAAAGAUCUAGUUCGGCCGCCAGUGAUUGCUGUUCGCCAGAAAUAGCUGCCAAUAGAUUGUCAGGUGAUGCACAUCAACAAAACCACAGUGGACAUAAUCGUCAUUCCACAUCACCGGCGUCACAUCAUGGCAAUGCCCAACAAACGGGAUCGUCGUCCUCUUCGUCUGCAUCUUCGGCAGCAAAUCAAACUGCAACAAAUGGAAAAACAAAACCCAAUGGAACUCCUCUGGAUGCACUCUUUCAAAUGACAACCAAAGACUUUAAUGAAUCUGAAGAUAAAUCUCAUUUGGAUCUGUUCUCUAAUCGCCCACAGCCAAAGAAGAAGCGAAAGUCUCGCACGGCUUUUACAAAUCAUCAAAUAUUUGAAUUGGAAAAACGGUUUUUGUAUCAAAAGUAUCUGUCACCAGCGGAUCGUGAUGAAAUUGCUGCAGCACUUGGACUAUCUAAUGCUCAGGUGAUAACAUGGUUUCAAAAUCGUCGUGCCAAACAAAAACGUGACAUUGAAGAAUUGAAGAAGGAUUUUGAUAGCGUUAAGGUCUUUUCGGCUCAUAAAAGCUUCCUGGAAAACGUAAACGAUUUGAGUAUUCUGAAGAAGAAACCCAUGCACGAUGGGUCAGAAACUUCAGCUUCAUCUGUGGCUACGCAUAGUCCGCAAAAAUGAAGUAACAUAUUUGGCGUGUUCGCUGAAUAAUCAAGCAAACAACCAAACUUAAAAACAAAAAUAAACGCAAGACAUAAAAACAUAAAAAUUAUGUCAAUGGGUAAAAUAACGUUGCGCCAUUAAAAAGAAAAAAACCAUAAUUAUUUUAUACUUGAUAUAAAAAACAUAAAAGAUCCGAUGAAAUGAAGAUACAAAAUGAAGAUCUUUGGUAUAUGGUUCAAUGAUGCGCGCUUUUAGAAAUUGAAUUAUUAUUUUCUUUGAUUGAAUGAAAACAUAAAAUGGAUUUUAACUGCAAUGACAAUGACGAAAACUAUUAAAGCCAAAGAAGGUGAAAUUAUAAUGCCUGGCUUGGAGAUGACUUUAACUAAAGCAUGACGACGGGGCAAUGGAAAAGAGCUGGAUAAUUGAAGCAUUAUGCUGCAUAGUUGCGCAUAGAUUGCUCCCCUGGAUGCUGAUUCUGGAACUUACACAUAUAGAGGAAAAUAUCACUCUUUAUUGAAGAGUUCUUGCAACAAACGCAAGAAUGACCAUUUCUUCUUAACAGAAAUACACCACCAACAACAACACAAAUUAAAUAAAUAAAGAACGGCUCUUUUA